CAUUCAUUUACCAUGCUGUGUAGACUUCAACAAUAGAUACCUGUCGUCACUCUAUCUCCUUUCCCACAUGACAUGAGUGUGUGAAGCUUCGUGCAACAGAGCCUUUCAUUGUCAAAAGGCCAUACACAGUCUUUCCAUUCUUGGUCUGGACAUCGGUUAUCUCACCUCAGGAAACACCAAGACCGCACCACAUUAUAUACCCUGUUCGGCUCGAUAGCACCAAAGACCCUUUAGGCCAGAAGGUAUCGAAGCACCGAAAGGUUUCCCGUCCUGCAAAAAUGUCGUCCAAAACUGAGCUCCCACCACCGUCUUCUGACCCUUCAGUCAUCCUCUCCUACCCUGCCCCCCACGUCCUGCUCGUCACCAUCAACCGCGUCCGCCAAAUGAACAGCAUACCAAUGCCUGUACACUGGUACCUGCACCGGGUUUUCGAGUGGUUCGACCGCGAAUCGACACUGCGCGUCGCCGUUAUCACGGGGGCCGGACCUAAGAGUUUUUGCGCCGGCCAGGACUUGAUCGAGAUGGGAAAGCGUGAUCCCAAGGAGAUUGAGGAGAAGCCUUAUCUUGCGAUGCAUCCGCCGACGGGGUUCGCGGGCGUGAGUAGACGGUUGGGCAAGAAGCCUGUUAUCGCUGCGGUGAAUGGAUUUGCUCUGGGUGGUGGUUUUGAGAUUGUGCUUAAUUGCGACAUGGUCGUGGCCUCCCCAACAGCAACAUUCGGUCUUCCCGAAGCCCUGCGCGGCAUUUAUGCUGGCGCCGGCGGUCUACCCAGACUCGUCCGCAACGUCGGUCUCCCAUUAGCAUCGGAAAUCAGCAUGGCCGCACGCACGCUCUCCGCCAAGGAGGCCCUGCAGUUUCAAUUGAUCAACCACAUCUCCUCGAGCCAGGAGACGUGUGUCCCCGAGGCCGUGAAGUUGGCGGCCAAAGUGGCGGAUAUCAGCCCGGACAGCAUCGUCAUCACGCGUGCGGCGCUGCGCCAAACAUGGGAGGACAGCUCGGUUGAGCGUGCGUUUCAGAAUAUUGAGGACCGGAUGAAGAGAGGUUUGAUGGAGGGCGAGAAUUCGAAGGAGGGUCUCACGGCUUUCCGGGAGAAGAGAAAGCCUGUUUGGAGAGCUAGUAAAUUGUGAUUGGUACUGGAUGACUGGAAUGUGAAGGUAGUGUGGGUAUAGCUGCGUCAAAAUAUUGCUCCGGAACUGAAAGCGACAUCUCAAUGAUUGCUCUAGGCUCUGAAAACAUGUCUAGCCUCGUCUAUUCAACAGAUUCCUCUUCUCUCACUUUCCGAACAUAAUCUGCGUAAGUCAUAAGCCUUGAUAGACGCAACAAGGGACCAACAUGCAGCCAACAUCUCGGUGCUCUCAGGACAGUCUUGGGCAAU